AUGCAUCAACCACCUGGAUUCAAGGAUAUUUCUUCACCUCAUCUUGUGUGUAAACUUCAUAAGGCUCUGUAUGGAUUGCGCCAAGCCCCAAGGGCCUGGUUUGAUAAACUUAAAUCUGCUCUUUUAUCUCUUGGUUUUACUAGUGCACGUGCUGAUACAUCUUUAUUUUUACGCAUCACUCCUCAACAUACUUGUUUUGUUCUUGUGUAUGUUGAUGACAUCCUUGUAACAGGAAGCACUACAGCAGCUAUUUCUACUCUCAUCUCUCAACUUGAUACAUCCUUUGCUCUUAAAGAUCUAGGUAAUAUCAAUUACUUUCUUGGCAUCCAAGUUGAGCACACUGACACUGGACUUCAUCUCUGCCAGAAAAAGUAUAUCACUGAUCUUCUUUGUCGUGCCAAAAUGCAAUUUGCAAACUGCCUCAACACUCUUACGACUUCUGGUGAAAAACUUUAUGGUUUUGGAAGUGACCCUGUUGCAGAACCUCAUUUUUAUAGAAGUCUUGUUGGGGCUCUUCAGUAUGCUACAAUAACCAGGCCCGAGAUUACUUAUGCUGUCAAUCGUGUAUCUCAAUUUAUGCAAAAUCCGCUUCAAAGUCAUUUCAAAGUUGUCAAGAAAAUAUUGCGUUAUCUCAAAGGUACUUUGGAUUAUGGUUUGCAUCUGUCACGAUGUUCUCAGCUUCCUCUUACUGGUUUUUGUGACAUGGAUUGGGCUUCAGACCCUGAUGAUCGACGAAGCACUACUGGUUUUUGCAUUUUCCUUGGUGCUAACUUAGUUUCUUGGGCUUCAAAGAAGCAAAGGACUGUCUCCAGAUCUAGUACUGAGUCUGAGUACCGUAGUCUUGCUAACACUACAGUUGAAUUGGUUUGGAUCCAAUCCUUACUUGCUGAACUUCAAGUCCCUCAAACACACACUCCCACGAUCUGGUGCGACAACAAGAGUACUGUCUUGAUGUCUCAGAAUCCUGUUCUUCAUGCUAGGACGAAACACAUUGAGUUAGACCUGUAUUUUGUUCGAGAAAAAAUUAUCAAUGGUCAGCUCAAUGUUCGACAUACCCCUGCUCUCCAUCAGAUUGUCGAUGUCUUGACGAAAGCCUUAUCAAGCACCCGUUUCUUACUUCUUCGAGACAAACUUAGUGUGAUCUCACUAUCCACCCUAAGUUUGAGGGGGGGUGUUAGAGACUCUUUAUAA